UUUUCCCAGACACCCCCGACUUCCCCUGCCUCCCCAUUCCCCAGAGUAUAUGUGACUCUACACAUUAAGGACGAGUUUUAGACCGGCUCUCCUUGCUUUUCACAGGAGCAGCCAUUUACUUUUUCUGUUAGCCGAGACGUAGCUAGCCUGCUAGCUAACUCUAUUAGCUAGGCGGUUAGCUACGCGUAGGAAUUAUCUAGUUUUGGUGAACAGAGACUGUUUGGACGAUGUCGACCAAGGACCAGAACAAACUCUCCACCAGUGAGCGGCCCAUUAAAGCAGUGCCGUAUCCCCCGACGACGCGCCUCACCAUGAAAGAGCUCUAUGAGGACGGUCGGCCUAAGGUGGAGCUGCUGAAGGCUCACCUGCUGAAAGAGGGACGGCUGGAGGAGGAUGUGGCGCUGCGCAUCAUCAACGAUGGCGCCAACAUCCUGCGCCAUGAGAAGUGUAUGCUGGAGGUGGAGGCGCCUAUUACAGUGUGUGGAGACGUUCACGGACAGUUCUUUGACCUGAUGAAGCUGUUCGAGGUCGGCGGUUCCCCCAAUAACACACGCUAUUUAUUCUUGGGCGAUUACGUGGAUCGAGGUUACUUCAGCAUCGAGUGUGUGCUGUAUCUGUGGGCACUGAAGAUCAGCCACCCAACCACACUCUUCCUCCUCCGAGGAAACCACGAGUGUCGGCACCUCACAGAGUACUUUACCUUCAAACAAGAGUGCAAGAUAAAGUAUUCGGAGCGUGUAUAUGAUGCGUGUAUGGACGCGUUUGACUGUUUGCCUCUGGCCGCACUGUUGAAUCAGCAGUUCCUGUGUGUGCACGGGGGCCUGUCACCCGAAAUCAGCUGCCUCGAUGACAUUCGCAAGUUAGACCGGUUUAAGGAGCCGCCAGCUUUCGGGCCGAUGUGUGACCUGCUCUGGUCAGAUCCUGGUGAGGAUUACGGCAGUGAAAAAACACAGGAGCACUUCUGUCACAACAGUGUGAGAGGCUGCUCUUACUUCUACAGUUAUCCUGCCGUGUGCGAUUUCCUGAUGAACAAUAACUUGUUGUCGGUAAUCCGAGCGCACGAAGCCCAGGAUGCAGGGUACCGAAUGUACAGAAAAAGCCAGACGACGGGGUUCCCGUCAUUAAUCACAAUCUUCUCAGCACCGAACUACUUAGACGUUUAUAAUAAUAAAGCUGCUGUGUUGAAGUACGAGAAUAACGUCAUGAAUAUCCGUCAGUUUAACUGCUCUCCUCAUCCGUACUGGCUGCCGAACUUCAUGGACGUUUUCACGUGGUCUUUGCCUUUCGUCGGGGAGAAAGUGACCGAGAUGCUGGUGAACGUGUUGAACAUUUGCUCUGACGAUGAGCUCAUGUCGGAAGGAGACGACACCUGUGAAGGUGGUACUCCGGCUGUCCGUAAGGAGGUGAUCAGGAAUAAGAUCCGUGCCAUCGGCAAAAUGGCCAGAGUUUUCUCUAUACUUAGGGAGGAGAAUGAAAGUGUGUUACAGCUGAAGGGUUUGACCCCCACUGGGACACUGCCACUCGGGGUGCUUUCUGGAGGCAGGCAGACGCUGCAGAGCGCCACCGUAGAAGCAGCCGAGGCCCGAGCUAUUCAAGGCUUCAACCCUCAACACAAGAUCCAGAGUUUCGAGGAGGCGCGCGGUUUGGAUCGGAUAAACGAAAGAAUGCCGCCGCGAAAGGACUCCACAGCCAACUCCAUCAACGCCGACAAGAACGGCACCAACGCACAGGCGUAGUCUCCCUCUCCCCCUAUCCAUGUCUCUGUUUCUCUCGAUCUCUAUAUAGCUCUCUAUCUAUCUUUCCGCUCAUCCUAAAUUCACUCCUGGACCGUUUUGUGAGAGAACGGCACCAACACACGGGCGUAUUCCCACUCCAGGUUAAAUGAAAAAAAAAAUUCUCUUAAUUCCCUUCGUCCUCUCUCCCGCCAUCAGAUUUCUCCUGGAGAAAACGGCACGACACCGUUUUUUAAAAAAAAGAAAUGUUUUUUUUAUUUAUUUAUUGCUAUAUGAUAAGAAAUUAAGUAUAGAAUGUUGGGGGAAAUCAAGAUAAAUAAAUAACAGUUACAACGAGUAUUCAACGAGUAUAAAACACAGUAUGUAUAAAUCUAUAAAUAGCCUCGGAUUGGUGUCAUCACAUUUGAAAUUCAUUUUGUAAUUUUUAGUUCAUUACUGAUUUAAUUUUUGUUUUUUGUUUUUUUUUAAAAUCGGCCAAGACUUGUAGUUUAGCAACAUAAAAAAAAUAUAUAUAUAUAUAAAUUACGUGUGCUUGGCAAGUUGGCACUCGUAUAUAGUGCGGAUAUUUGGGAGUUCCCAAGAUAAACAUGAAGUCUUGGGUUGGGGACGCAUUUAAAAAGGAAAAAAAAAAGAAGAAAAAAAAGCCAAUGAUGGAGCGCAUGGCUGACUCAAGUGUUCACAUGUUGGUGUGUGUGUGUACAUUUUAAAGUGUUCCUACACUUGAAUGUUUUGGGUUUGAUCUUUUAUUAUUAUUAUUAUUAUUAAUAUUAUUAUUAAUAUUAUUCUUUAAAUCUGACAGACCAGUGUGGAAAUCAGUGGACAAAGUGAAGCAACACAAUCACAGAAUCUUGUUGAAUGGACAAAUGGUGCAUUGUUUGUGUGUGUGUGUGUGUGUGUGUGUGUGCGUGCGCGUGCAUGUGUGUGGUUUAUCCCAUCACACGCCACUCAUCCCUGCUCUGUAGAUGUUUGCUGGUGUUGGUUGAGACAGUAUAUUAUAAUCUGAUGCAGCAAUGAUUCCUUAUUUUGGACAAAAAAAAACAAACCCACCACCACAAUUCACUUCACACAGGAUGAUAGUGAGCGAUGCCUCGAUCGCAUGAUCGAACAGGUACACUUCCCGAAAAACGGGUACUAAUCCGCACCUUUUACUUGUCGCUGAAAUACUUGAAGUAUCAAGCGUACACCUUUUACACCUACAGUGUGUGUCUUGUACCUGGAAAGGUGCAUGUAGUAGUCUAGCUUUAAAUCUUUACUCAAAAAGGUCAUUACAGUCCAAAGAUGCAUAGUAAAGGUGCGAAAGAUAAGGCAACAAGGAAAGGUAAAGGUUAUUACCACCAUCACCACCACCCCCCACCCCAUCCUUUUUUUUUUUUUUUUCUUUUUAAAAUAAGAGUGUAUACCUAAACGUAAUAUUUUUCUAAAUGCAGUAUCGUAUUUCAUCAUAUAACUCAUCAUAUGUCUAAUGCAGAGUUGUUUGGUUAGAUCAGAUUAUUGAGUUAUUAGUGAAUGACCAUUUUUGGGAACAGACUUCCGGUUUAGGAUUUAGAACAAAAAAGGGGGGGGGGGAAUUCAGCAUCCCAAAAAAUAAAAGUACAAUAAAAAUUUAAUAAAUAAAUAAUCUAGCAUGCAUGCCUUAUAUUUACCAAAUUUCCCAUAAUGCCAUGUUCUUCCUGCCUUUUUUUUUCUUUUUUGUAAUCUAAAUAGUAUACUGUUCUAUCUGCUGUUCUGUUGUUAUUAUUGUUGUUGUUGUUGUUGUUGUUACUAUUAUUAUUAUUAUUACUGCAAAGUCAUUUUCACUCCAGUGACACUUUAGGACUCAUUAGUUGGACUAGUCUUUUCCCAGGGUUUUUUUUUUUUUAAUUAUUCUAUUCACUUUGCAGUCAUGCUUGUUAACUUUGACAUCAGGGACCAAUUCCCUCGCUGAAGCUCUGAUCAACUCACUCACAUUGUGUUUUUCUUUCUUUUUCUUUUCUUUUUUUUUUUUUUUUAACUGGCUCUUUCAUUGUCGUCUCUCACUUUGAGACUCAUUAAUAGGUUUUAAUCCAUCGCUUUUCCGUUCUGAGGCGAGACUCCAUGUCGUGUAACUACAGUAACUUACAGUCCCGCUGCGUUCGGAUUCCUACCCGUGACCGAUUUGUGCAUUUCGAGGAUUAUUAAUUGUAAGGCAUGCGAGGGGGUGGGAAUUGUAAUGACGACGAUGACGAGGUCGGAGGAAAGUCGUUGACUGCCAGAGGAGACAAUGAAGGGAAUUUUAAAGCAUAGCAAAGCUGUAACAUAUUUACAUACUACAGAUUCGAGAUUCACUCAGCUGUUCGAAUUAGUGCUAGUGCUUUUAAUUACUUCUGUAAAAAUAAAAAAUAAAAAUAAAAAAUUCUGUGAUGUAUCCAGUGUCCCUCGAAGCAAAUAUAAUCAGUCUGCUAAAUGGCUGAAAGAUUUGCACAGAUGAAGCCUCAAACCUGUCUCAUCCAAAAACAGAGAUCAAUUGUAUUAUAAGAACCACAGAGCAGUGCAUUGUGGGUCGUGCUGCAGACCCACAAACAUUAAAAAGUUGUCUCAAAUCAGAAAUCAGGCUUUUUUUUUUUCCUCCAUGCGUUUGCCGAUUGUGUUGUCCCUGUUCUCUACAAAAUGGGUCCGCAGAAUCCAAAGGCUUUUAUUUUAUUUUCGUCGUUGUUGUUUAUUUUCUCUGUUCUUUUAUUUCUUUCCCCUCCUUGUCUGAUGUAAAGGGGAACUGUGGCGUGGUGUGUGUGACCGUAUUUAGGGCUUUUUUUGCAUUUUUUUUUUUUUUUUUGCGUUAUUAAGGAGUUGAAUGGAGAGAUGCUCCGUCUCAGGAGGGCUUCAUUUCUGACUUCUGUUGUGGAUUCCAAGCAUAUCUUACAGAAUGUACAGAAAAUUAAUGUCUAUUAGGAUUUUUAUUUCUUAAUAGCUGAUUUAAAAGAUCUUUUUUUUUUUUUUCUUUUUUUUUUUUUUUGUCAAGUACUUGUAUUGCGAAGCCUCAACAGAUCUUGAUUUAUGUAGAUGUAUCACAACAUUAGAAAUAAAAUAAAAAACAAAAAGGAACUAAAAAGAAAUGUAUAAAAAAAAAAAGUUGGGGAAAA